UAUUGGGAUACAACCAUUAAGACUACGUGCUGGGGUUUCAUGUUACAGGUUAUCUGCUUUAAAAUAACAGCAGCCGUGAGCAUUUGAGUCAGUUUUUAAAACUGCCCUGCUAUUGGUAGUGACACAACAGGAUUACAGCCAAGACUUCCCUGCAUUUUCUGCCAAAAUCUGGGUCAGAUUUAAGACACAUGCUUCUGCAAACUUCCAUGAAGGUUGUUAAAAAUGUUUUAAUCCAGAGCUGGGUUCCAGCUUUCUGUAGCUGCAAGUACUGGUGGCCGCACUAGUUCCUUACAAAGCAACUAGACCCUGGGGCACAGGGUGGAGAGAUUUCUUUUAAUUUGCUGGACGUGAAAUGAAUGUAGCGUGCUUUCUAAGUUCAGGUGGAAGACAUGUCCACCUCCUGAUUAUUUUUGGAGCAUGAGAACAUUUUAAAUUGUUUUCAUCUCUCUCCCCCACUAAGAUUGUGCGAAAAAGUACCUUGCCUAAUUGAAGUCAUUUCAUUGGAUUUUGAUCACAACUGAUUUUUUUUUCCAUGUGAAGUUUUGGGGUUCGAACUUUCCCCCAGGAGAAUGCCUUUUGAGACAAUUCUCUCUAGCUGCCUGAUGUCAACUCCUUAGUAAUCAGCAGAUAUUAAAAUAUUCAAAAUGAACAGACAGUGGGCAGUAGUGAAUAUUUUCAUGAUGUCUUAUGUGCACCUGGUGCAGGGCUUCGGUAAUGAACAUGGACCAGUGAAGCAAUUAUCUCAGUCCAUGAUAGAAUGGUCUGAACAGCAGAUUAGGGCUGCUUCGAGUUUGGAGGAACUAUUGCGAAUCACGGACUCCGAGGACUGGAAGCUCUGGCGAUGCCGGCUGAAGCUGAAAAGUUUCACCAGUAUGGACUCUCGCUCAGCAUCUCAUCGCUCCACUAGGUUUGCUGCCACUUACUAUGACAUUGAAACACUAAAAGUUAUAGAUGAGGAGUGGCAAAGAACCCAGUGCAUCCCCAGGGAGACGUGUGUGGAAGUGGCCAGCGAGCUGGGGAGCACCACCAACACAUUCUUCAAGCCCCCCUGUGUGACUGUGUUCCGUUGUGGUGGCUGCUGCAAUGCAGAGGGCCUCGUCUGUGCGAACACAAGCACCUCUUAUGUUUCCAAACAGCUCUUUGAGAUAUCAGUGCCUUUGACAUCAGUACCUGAAUUAGUGCCUGUUAAAGUUGCCAACCAUACAGGUUGUAAGUGCUUGCCCACAGCCCCCCGCCAUUCGUACUCAAUUAUUAGAAGAUCCAUCCAGAUCCCCGAGGAGGAUCGCUGUCCCCAUUCCAAGAAAUUUUGUCCUAUUGACAUGCUAUGGGAUAACAACAAAUGUAAAUGUGUUUUACAGGAUGAGAAUCCACUGGCUGGAAUGGAAGACCUCUCUCAUCUCCAGGAACCGGCUCUCUGUGGGCCACACAUGAAGUUUGAUGAAGAUCGGUGUGAGUGUGUCUGUAAAACACCAUGUCCCAGAAAUCUAAUCCAGCACCCGGAAAACUGCAGUUGCUUCGAAUGCAAAGAAAGUCUGGAGAGUUGCUGCCAGAAGCAUAAGAUUUUUCAUCCAGACACAUGCAGCUGUGAGGACAGAUGCCCUUUUCAUACCAGAACUUGCGCAAAUGGAAAACCAGCAUGUGCAAAGCACUGCUGCUUUUCAAAGGAGAAAAAGGCCACCCAGGGACUCCACAGCCAAGAGAAUCCUUGAUUCAACUUUGUUCCAAGUCCCUCAUUCCUAUCAUUUGAAACAGCAUGUUGCUUUUCCGGGUUACUGGCCCUGUUUUUCUUUCCUUCAGGUAACAGAAAAGUCCAUUUUCUGUAGCACCACAGUGAAUCCAGACCAACCUUCCAUCCAACAACAGCUGAUAUUUCCUGAUUCACUGACAGAGGACUUCUAGCUGCAGAUGUCUCUGCACACUAAAAGAUGGAGAGGAAAGAAUCUGUGGAGCCCAUCUUUUGGUGAAUGAGAAAGAUGUGUUUGUCUGGAAUGACAGGGGCCAUGUGAUUGAUUACUUGGAGGGGAUGAGGAAAACUGCAGUCUCUGAGUCCUUUGCUAAGUGCGAUUCUCAAGAAUUACUCUGAUUCUUUCUUAUGCAGAAUUUCAUUUGUAUGAUCAGCACUGACUUCCUAAUUCCUGUCCAGCUUGUAGUGUUCAAAUUUAGUGAACUACUGUCUGACAUUUCAUAUUUAAGUGUAUUUAAAGGAAAUAAACAUCAUUAUUC